CCGACGGGGCCGAUGGGGGAGCCGGCCGGGGCCGGGCGGGUUCCGGCGGGCGCCGCCCCUGGGCAGCUGCGCCGCGGCUGAGAGGAGGAGGAUGCUGCGGGCCGUGGCCGCCCGGCGCCGGGCCUGGGGCGGCCUCUCCCCGCUGCCCCUGCUGCUGCUGCGGCGCCGGGACCGGGGCCGGGGCGCGGGCCUGGCGGGGGCGCCGCUCGGGCGGGCGGGCGGCCGCGGGUGGUGGGUCCCUGUCAGAUUUGGGAGUUUCUCCCCUCUGCUGCCGUGCAAUUGCCUGCCUGUUCCUGCAACGAGUCAAGUAAGAGUUUAUACGUCAGAUGGUCAGAAAAACAGCACAGGAGCCCAUAACACAAGUUCCUCAGUCCCCGAAGGAGAGGGGCCCAAAACAACCACAGUCCGAGAUGCUGGCGGUCAGACGUCAAGUUUGUUACAACAGCCGAUCCAAGUGAAAGUGAAAGCAGUGCUUAAAAAGAGAGAAUAUGGACCAAAAUACAUGAAGAAUAAUUUCAUCACAGGCGUCAGAGCAAUAAAUGAGUUCUGUCUUAAGUCCAGUGACCUAGAUCAGCUCAGGAAAAUCAGGCGGCGAAGCCCUCAUGACGACACAGAGGCUUUCACUGUGUUUUUGAGAUCGGACGUGGAGGCAAAGGCUCUUGAAGUCUGGGGAAGCCUGGAGGCUCUUGCUCGAGAGAGAAAAAGGCGUAAAGAAGCAGAAAUAGAAUACAGAGAGAAUUUGUUUAGAAACCAAAAGUUGUUGAAGGAAUACAAAGAUUUUCUAGGAGAAACUAAGCCACGUUCCAGUGCCUCAGCUAUAUUUCUCAGGGGACCAGGAAAAGUGGUGAUGGUGGCUAUUUGCAUAAAUGGUUUGAAUUUUUUUUUCAAGCUUCUUGCUUGGGUUUACACGGGUUCUGCAAGCAUGUUUUCCGAAGCCAUUCACUCCUUAGCAGACACUUGCAAUCAGGCUUUGCUAGCAGUUGGAAUCAGUCAGUCUGUGAGGACUCCAGAUCCAAGCCAUCCAUAUGGUUUUGCAAACAUGCGCUACAUUGCCUCCCUGAUCAGCGGCGUUGGCAUUUUCAUGAUGGGUGCCGGACUGUCGUGGUAUCACGGGGUGAUAGGCUUGCUGCACCCUCAGCCCAUAGAAUCGCUUCUUUGGGCUUACUGUAUAUUAGCAGGGUCGCUGGUCUCCGAAGGAGCGACUCUUCUCGUUGCAAUCAAUGAAAUCCGCAGAAGUGCCCGGGCAAGAGGACUGUCCUUCUAUCAGUAUGUCAUUCAGGCUCGCGAUCCCAGUACCAAUGUUGUGCUGCUAGAAGAUACUGCGGCUGUCCUGGGUGUGAUGCUGGCUGCUACGUGCAUGGGCCUGACAUCCUUCACAGGUAACCCAUACUACGACAGCCUUGGGUCUCUGGGUGUGGGUACGUUACUGGGAGCCGUAUCAGCAUUCCUUAUCUAUACCAACACGGAAGCGCUGCUAGGGAGAUCUAUCCAGCCCGACCAGCUGCAGAGGCUGACAGAGUUACUGGAAAGCGACCCUGCAGUAAGAGCAAUUCAUGAUGUUAAAGCCACAGAUAUGGGAGUGAGCCAAGUGAGAUUCAAGGCAGAAGUAGACUUUGACGGACGGGUUGUGACUCGGUCUUACUUGGAGAAACAAGACAUCGAGCAGCUUCUACAAGAAAUCCAGCAGGUGAAGACUCUUGAGGAAUUAGAAGCUUUCAUGCUUAAACAUGGUGAAAAUAUUAUCGACACGCUAGGAGCUGAAGUAGACCGGCUGGAGAAGGAGCUAAAGCAACGCAAUCCGGAGGUGCGACAUGUAGACCUGGAGAUAUUGUAAGCUCAACAGACGCCAUCUUUGGAGAGAGAUCUCUCUUCUGCAUCUGCUUUGCUGAGGGGGACACAGCAGCCCCUGAGCCUGCAGGGGGAACUUGAGACGCCUCCUCCCCUGAGCUCCCCGGUUCCUUCUUAGAGCCGACUCUUCUUCAGGAUAGUGAUGGCUUUUGUCGAGCUGGUUUCUCAGGCCAGCUGCUUUGGCCAUCUGUUUUACACGUGAAUCUGUAGUAGAGAUGAAUACUGGGGUCUACAAACUUUAAAUAAGUUACUGAACGUCACUUUCGAAAAUACAGUAUGUGUAUAUAUAAUAUAUAUAUAUAUAUAUAUUUG